AGAUGAGCUUUUCACGCAUGCGCAGUCCUUCAGUCUACAUAAAACAAUCCUCGGUGGGCAUCUUGCGCUGAUCUGGUGUUGAGCAUCAUAUCCUCGAUUGAUUCACGGUAGUGAUAAUUGAACACAGCAUCAUUAUGGCAGCUAGUGGAUAUACGGUGCAGGCAGCGGUGCUCCUGCUGGCGCUCCAGCUUCUCAGUCUCGGUGCAGCAGAUGCGGAUCAGGAGACAGGGACCGUCAUCCCUGCCGAAAGUCGUCCAUGUGUGGACUGCCACGCGUUUGAGUUCAUGCAGAGGGCACUGCAAGACUUAAAGAAGACGGCGUUUAACCUGGAUGCCCGGACGGAGAUGCUGGUGCUGAGGGCGGAGAGGAGGGCUCUGUGCGACUGUAUGACCACCAACUCACUGCGCUGAACUCUGCACUCCACCUGAAGACUCUUCCACCUGCCGUCAGAAACACUGAAAAACAACCUCUCCUCAUACUAACUUAUUUACA